AUGCUAUUAAAUACUAGAAAAAUAUUAUGGCUACCAUUUAUAUUAUAUUUGGUUAAAAGCGAUGAUUCACACAAUUAUCAAUGUUUUUGCUCAGCAAUAAAUUAUGAUACAGGUACUGUAGUUCACGAUUUUGGCAUAGUUUGGAAGUGUGAAACAUCACAUUCAAGACAAUGCACAUGCAAUGAUAUUAGCAAUUGUUCUUCAAUAUGUUUAAUUCAUUUUGAUAGUUGGAUCAAUAACUUAGACAAUUGCAGUGUUCAUCCAGGGCGUUUUAUAGCAUCAAUUGAUACAGUUAAUUGUGGAGGUGGUCUUAUCGAUAGUAGUGUCAAACAAUGUUCUGGUAUUGUCAUUUUAGACUCUUCCAAAGAUGAAAAACCGACAGCGAUAAUUGAAUAUAACUCAUCGAUCAACUCCAAUUUUCCACUCUAUGUGACUCGACAAGAUGCUACUCAGUUACAAAAUGGAGAUGUUUUAAUAACAGGAGGUGCAAGUUACCAAUUACCAGAUUUCCAUCUAUAUCCGUACUUUUUUGCUGCAACAUAUUUGUCCUCGUCUGAUACAUGGAAGGUGUUACCACCUUUGGAUCCACCUCGUUUAGAGCAUCGAGGCGUUUUACUACCAUCUGGUAUGGUAUUAUUAACUGGAGGUUAUAGAAAUUAUCUGCAAGGUAUGACUAAGAGUGAAUUGUACGAUCCAUCAUUAAAUACAUGGAUUUCUGUUCCUGAUAUGCCAAAUCCACAUUAUUGGCAUACAGCUACUGUUCUAACAUCUGGAAGAGUUUUAGUUGCUGGUGGUGGUCAGCCCGAAUUGGCUUCAUCAGACUGUGAUAUAUAUGAUCCUCUCUUAAACACAUGGACUACUGUUGGUUCGAUGAAUUUUAAACGUGGUCAGCACACAGCGACUUUAUUACCAUCUGGUCACGUUCUUGUCAUUGGUGGUGCUUUUGAUAAUCUUGUCACCUGUGAAAUGUACGAUCCUGUCAAUGAUACAUGGACUCAGAUUGCCGAUAUGCACAAUUCACGUGCUUAUCACACAGCUACCAUGCUGCCCUCAGGUAAAAUUUUAGUAAUAGGUGGUUACGAUGAAAAUCAACCUCAAGCUACCUGUGAAAUCUAUGAUCCUUCAUUGAAUAGCUGGACGUUGGUUGCUUCUAUGUGGACUUCACGUGCUGCACAUACUGUUACUCUCUUACCAUCAGGACAUGUCUUAGUUACAGGCGGUCUUGAUUCACUUGAUCCUAGUGUUACUCUAAGCUGCGAAAUCUAUGAUCCUAUUUCUAAUAUAUGGUCUAACGGAACCUAUAUAUCAGUACCACGUGCCGCACAUACGGCUAGUUUGUUACCAUCUCAAAAAGUAUUAGUUACAGGUGGAGGAAAUGAUCCAUUUGCUGUAUUAUAUAAUGCAUCAUCGAAUAGAUGGAGUUCUGCUUCAGAAUAUCCGGAUGUACUGUUUCAACAUACUGCAACUCUAUUACAAUCAGGAUCAGUUUUGUUAUUAGGUGGCUCCAAUUCUUGGGAUGUGACAUCCACCUCUAUGCUAUACGAUGCUCACUUCGAUACAUGGAGUGUCUCAACUAGUAUACCACCACUUACUUUACACACAGCUACUUUACUAUUAAAUGGACAGAUCCUAAUUAUUGGUGGUCAAGAAAACGAUCAAAUUCUCUCUCUUUGUCGUAUAUACGAUCUUGCUUCCAAUAACAUUACGAAUGUUACGGAAAUGGCAUCAGCUCGUUAUCAACAUUCUGCUGUUUUAUUACCAUCUCAAAAUGUACUAGUAAUCGGAGGUUCUGAUGGAGAAAACACUUUAUCAAGUUGCGAAAUGUACAAUUCAACAUCCAACGAAUGGACUCAAGUUUCUCAUAUGUCAACUGAACGUCGUCUACAUACAACUAUUAGUCUAUCGUCCGGAAAAGUUUUAGUGAUGGGUGGGUUUGACGGCAUGCAUUCUUUAUCAACUUGUGAAAUGUAUGACUCCACAAUUAAUCAAUGGGCUACGCUUCGAAGUAUGGUUGAGCCACGUUCACAACAUACAGCCACCUUAUUGCUGUCAGGAGAAAUAUUAGUCACAGGUGGAUAUAAUAAUCGAUCUUCUAUGGCAAGUUGUGAAAUCUAUAAUCCCUCAAGUAACACAUGGAAAACAGUAAGAAGCAUGUUGAAUGAACGUUUUUCUCACACUGCUACUCUGCUACCAUCUGGAAAAGUAUUAGUCGCCGGUGGAAAUGGUCGAGAUGAACUUCGUCAAAGUGAAAUUUAUGAUCCUGUAUUAAACGCAUGGUCAUCUGGUGGCAAUAUGUCAUCAGCACGCUUUCAACAUACAAGCACUUUGUUACCAUCUGGUAAAGUUCUUCUGACUGGUGGUUUUGGUGAAUGGUUUGGCGAUAUUUUCAAUUCUUCAUCGAAUACUUGGAGUCCAGUCGAUAAAUUUCAUUCUUAUCGUACACAGCAUACAGCCACAUCGUUACCAACUGGUGAUGUGAUGAUUACAGGUGGCUCAGGUGCAUGGGAUCAAAUAGCAGCUAGUGUAGUAUACAUAUCUUUAUCGAAUCGAUGGAUUACAGGUAAUAGUAUGCGACGUACUCGUUCUCAACAUACUGCCACUUCGUUAUCAUCGGGUGAAAUUCUAGUAGCAGGUGGAUUUGAUAAUCCAUGGAGUAUAAGUGAUUGUGAGAUUUAUAAUCCGCAAACUAGUGAGUGGACUUCCAUAAACAAUAUGAUCGAUGAACGUUCAGGACAUAUAGCCAUUUUGCUACAUUCGGAUUUAAUUCUAGUAACAGGUGGUCAAAAUUAUUUUAAUAAUUAUCUAACAUCUUGUGAAAUGUAUGACCAUGCGACGAAAGAAUGGAAAUCAAUUGCUAGUAUGUCACAUCGACGCGCUCAACAUACUGCAACUCCAUUAUCCUCUGAGAUAGUGUUAGUAACCGGUGGUUAUGAUCAUGAUGGUACAUCAUGCCCCAAUUCUGAAGUAUACAAUGCCACCUCAAAUACAUGGACUAAUGUUGCUCAUAUGUUAUUACCUCGCGCUGAACAUACUGCAAAUCGAUUAUCAUCAGGACAUAUCCUAGUUACCGGUGGUUUUAACAGAUAUAAGGCGUUGUCAAGCUGUGAGAUUUACAAUAUUUCAUCUGGUUUGUGGCAACCAGUUGCAAAUAUGACAUUUAGUCGGUAUGGUCAUACUGCUACUUCAUUAUCAUCUGGUAAAAUACUCAUAACAGGAGGUACCAAUAUGGAUCAUUUGUUGACUAGCUGUGAAAUUUUUGAUCCUACAUCGAAUACAUGGUCACCUGCUGCCAAUAUGUCAACACCACGUUAUCAACACACAGCUACUUUAUUAUCCUCUGGCAAAGUACUCGUUAGUGGAAGCAAAAGCACAUCACUAGGUGAAGUGUAUGAUCCUACAUCCAAUACAUGGAAUUCUAUUGACAAUGACUUUUAA